GCCACACGGAUAACCGCAUGCCUUCACCACCUCACUGCACUUGAUCUAACUUUACCAAACAGGAUCCGGAAUCAUUUAACGCCUAGAGAAGAAGAGUCAUUGAUGCGUCGGGAGUCAUUUUCGGAGCUUACUUUUCCAGAGUGACAGUGAAUGCGUCUGGGUUUUCUGCGACAACUGCUGCUGUCAACAGGUGUUUGGGCACGCGCCGCCUGGGAGAGAGAAUAUGUCCAAUGGGAAAGACGCAAAUGCCGCACAGAACUCCUCACAGAUGACCCUGAAGGAGAGCCUGGAUGAGUGUAUGGAGGCUUUGGAUCUCUUCCUUAACAACCACUUCAGCGAGAGCCUGGAGAGGCUGCGGCCACGAGUAAAUGAGAGUAUGUACCACGCUCUCAUCUACGCCACCGUGUUGGAAAUGCAGGCCAUGAUGACCUUCCAGCAUGAUGACAUCACUAAUGCAGGAAAUACCAUGAAGAGUGCCCAGGAGGUCUGUCAGAGGUUUAGAAAGAAGUCUCCAGGUUUGACCAACAAGACAGCUGGGGAAUCACUGAGUGAAGUGCAGCUCCAUGCUGAAGUGUGUUAUGCUGAGUGCCAACUCCAAAGGGCAGCUCUCACCUUCCUCCAGGAUGAAAAUAUGGUGAGUUUCAUCAAAGGAGGCAUCAAAGUCCGAAACAGUUACCUGAUUUACAAAGAUCUUCAUUCCUUCAUAAAAUCUCACAGUUGUCCCAAAGGACCUAGUCAUCUUCACUUAGAGGGAGGAAUCUCCUUUGGAAUAGGUGCAUUUAAUCUGACUCUCUCCUUGUUUCCUCCUCGUAUACUCAAAGUUUUGGAGUUUGCGGGCUUCUCUGGAGACAAGGAGUUUGGUCUGUCGCUGCUGCAUGACGGUGCAACAGGGAUGAACCUGCGCUCCCUGCUCUGCGCUCUGCUGCUGCUCUGCUACUACACCUUUCUCACCUUCAUACUCGGGACUGGUGAAGGGGAUGUGGCUGAAGCUGAGAGGCUGCUGAAACCUUUCCGGCUCCGGUACCCACGGGGAGCAAUAUUCCUCUUUUUUGCAGGCAGAACUGAGGAAAUUAGAGGAAACAUCGAUGAGGCGGUGGCUCUUUUUGAAGACGGCUGUAAGGCCCAGCAGGCCUGGAAGCAGUUCCAUCACAUGUGCUACUGGGAGCUGAUGUGGUGUUUCACCUAUAAGCAGGCGUGGAAAAUGGCCUACUUCUACGCAGACCUGCUGAGUCAGGAAAGCCGCUGGUCUAAGGCCAUGUAUGUGUACAUGAAAGCUGCGUACCUCAGUAUGCUGCCUAAAGAAGAGGCCAGGCCUUUUGGGGAGGAUGAGGUAGAACUCUUUAGACAAGUUCCCACCUUCAAGCAGAAGAUAGCAGGAAAGUCUCCCCCGACUGAAAAGUUUGCGAUCCGUAAAGCCAGACGCUACAAGGCUUCCAGUCCCAUCAGGCUCCCGGUACCAGCGCUGGAGAUGAUGUACAUGUGGAACGGCUUCAGUAUGAUCAGCAAACGACCAGAGCUGACUGAAGGAAUGAUGCAGACACUAGUGGAGGCAGAGCGCACCCUUCUGGAAUCUCCCAUGAAUGAGUUCUCUGUAGACGACCGCUGUGUGGUUCACCUGCUGAAGGGUCUGUGUUUGAAGAACCAGGGUCACCUCCAGGCCGCUGAGGACUGCUUUAAACAAGUGUGUGCCAGUGAAAAGAAGAUCAAGUUUGACCACUAUCUGGUGCCCAACAGUCUGGUGGAGCUCAGUCUGCUCUACAUAGAACAAGGAAGGAGGGACGAGGCUAUUAAAAUACUUCACAGGGCCAAACACAACUACAAAGAAUACUCAAUGGAGUCUCGCACACAGUUCAGGAUACACGCUGCUCUGGCCAAAGUCAAGGCCGACCCAGGAGAAGAGGAGGACACCCACCUGUGAGGUGUUUCUUUGGGGGGAGCAACUUCAAAAACCAGAUAUUCCCUUCAAAGUUCUGAGCUACACGGGCUGUUUGUGGGUCAUGGACAGUCACAUACCCUGUUCUGCCACAUCUGUGUCCCAGUUUGCACAUUUAUUUAACAUAUCAAAAACCUGGUAGAUUAUUUUCAGGAACUGUUCCAUGAAAAUAACUGUUUCAAUUAACAAUUAACAAUUAAAACUGAAGGAGGUCGAGUUUCAGCCUCUCUUAGGUUGAGAUAGACUUGUGUACAUACACUGGAGAUUUAAUUUUAUUUUAUGCAAUAAUUUUAUUGUUUACAUUCAAAAUUAAACAACACUUAUCAACAUCUGAUUGAAGCCACUGUAAAAAUCACAUGUUGGAAAUGUUUUGAAUUUAUGAAAUGUUUAGUAAUUCUUUGUACAGGUUCAAAGCUCUACAUGAGCAUCAACACACUGGGCCUGAAGAGGUUCGUUGUACAUAACAUACAACACAUUUGAUACAAAAUAGGUUUUUGAUACCGUUUAUAUGGCUUGAAAUGGAUUUUAAUCAUCAGUAGCCAGUAUUCGAUGCAUUUCAGUCCUUCUUCAGUCGGAAAACUAAAACGGGCUGUUAUGUCCCAGAGGUGGAAGAGGGACAAAAGCACAAAACUGUUUUUACUGCUCUUCCAAACUUCCUCUUCUUGGUGUGUUUGCGUUUCCAUAUUCAGUGUUGAAAAAUAUCUGGAGCGUGUACACUUUACAAGAAGUGUAAAUGUACAAAGAUUAUUUUUGCAUUUAAAUAAAUUCAACAUGUGACGAUG